AUGAUGGUUGGUUUUAUAUGUUCGAAGUAUUCUAAUGCUACAUAUGCCGUCUACACAACUGUCCGAGCCUAUCAAAAAAUGACAUGCAACACAAUUAAUCCUAACGUUGUUAAUCUACAAUAUGCUGUACGUGGGCCGAUAGUACAAAGGGCUUCUGAAAUAGAAAAAGAGAUUGCCGAGGAUUCUCACAAAAAGUUUAGCAAAAUUAUACGGUGUAACAUCGGAGACUGUCAUGCUUCUGGUCAAAAACCCAUAAAGUUCAUUCGUGAUGUAUUAGCUGCUGCUACAAACAACGUUGUUAUGGAGAGCAAUUUAGUGCCGGAUGAUGCUAAACUGAGAGCCAAACGGUUUUUGGAAAGUUGUGGUGGAAGUGUAGGAGUUUAUAGCCAAUCUACAGGCGUCCAGAUUGUCCGAGAAGAUGUCGCCAACUACAUAGAAUGUCGUGAUCAGUUGCAAGCAAAUCCUGAAGAUAUUUUUCUGUCUACCGGGGCUAGUGAAGCUGUUAAAUCUAUCUUACAGCUGAUAUCUACUUCGGAGGAUGGCUGUAGACGUGCUGGUGUUAUGGUUCCUAUCCCUCAAUAUCCUCUUUAUUCCGCAACAAACGCUGAAUACAAUGCUUAUCAGAUUGAUUAUAAUCUUGAUGAGUCAAACGAAUGGGGUUUAAAUGUUCAACAGUUAGAAGAAGCUCUGGAAAAGUGUAAAGAUAAAUGUGUUCCUCGAGCUUUGGUAGUAAUCAAUCCUGGCAAUCCAACAGGACAGUUACUUCCAAAAGAAACAAUAACGAGUGUUUUACAAUUUGCUUACAAGCAUAAUUUGGUAGUACUGGCAGAUGAAGUUUAUCAACACAAUAUUUACGCACCAAAUAGAGGAUUUGUUUCAUUUAAACGCGCUUUACACGAUAUUGGUGGACGAAUUGCCAAAGAGUUACAACUAGCAUCGUUUAUGUCAAGCAGUAAAGGCUAUAUGGGAGAAUGUGGUCUUCGUGGUGGAUAUUGUGAACUGGUGAAUUUCCCAGCAGAUGUUCAACAACAAUUGUAUAAAUGUCUUUCAGCUCGACUGUGUUCUUCGCUUUUGGGUCAGCUGACUAUGGAUGUUGUUGUGAAUCCACCAAAACCAGAUGAACCAUCCUACAGUUCAUUCAUGAAAGAAAAAUCUGCAGUACUUGAAGAAUUGAAACAAAAAGCUGACCUUACUACAAAAGCAUUAAACUCACUACCAGGUUUCUCAUGUAAUCCAAUAACUGGAGCCAUGUAUGCUUUCCCAAGAAUCGAUUUGCCCAAAAAGGCUAUUGAAACUGCUAAGGAUUCUCACAAAAAGUUUAGCAAAAUUAUACGGUGUAACAUAGGAGACUGUCAUGCUUCUGGUCAAAAACCCAUAAAGUUCAUUCGUGAUGUAUUAGCUGCUGCUACAAACAACGUUGUUAUGGAGAGCAAUUUAGUGCCGGAUGAUGCUAAACUGAGAGCCAAACGGUUUUUGGAAAGUUGUGGUGGAAGUGUAGGAGUUUAUAGCCAAUCUACAGGCGUCCAGAUUGUCCGAGAAGAUGUCGCCAACUACAUAGAAUGUCGUGAUCAGUUGCAAGCAAAUCCUGAAGAUAUUUUUCUGUCUACCGGGGCUAGUGAAGCUGUUAAAUCUAUCUUACAGCUGAUAUCUACUUCGGAGGAUGGCUGUAGACGUGCUGGUGUUAUGGUUCCUAUCCCUCAAUAUCCUCUUUAUUCCGCAACAAACGCUGAAUACAAUGCUUAUCAGAUUGACUAUAAUCUUGAUGAGUCAAACGAAUGGGGUUUAAAUGUUCAACAGUUAGAAGAAGCUCUGGAAAAGUGUAAAGAUAAAUGUGUUCCUCGAGCUUUGGUAGUAAUCAAUCCUGGCAAUCCAACAGGACAGUUACUUCCAAAAGAAACAAUAACGAGUGUUUUACAAUUUGCUUACAAGCAUAAUUUGGUAGUACUGGCAGAUGAAGUUUAUCAACACAAUAUUUACGCACCAAAUAGAGGAUUUGUUUCAUUUAAACGUGCUUUACACGAUAUUGGUGGACGAAUUGCCAAAGAGUUACAACUAGCAUCGUUUAUGUCAAGCAGUAAAGGCUAUAUGGGAGAAUGUGGUCUUCGUGGUGGAUAUUGUGAACUGGUGAAUUUCCCAGCAGAUGUUCAACAACAAUUGUAUAAAUGUCUUUCAGCUCGACUGUGUUCUUCGCUUUUGGGUCAGCUGACUAUGGAUGUUGUUGUGAAUCCACCAAAACCAGAUGAACCAUCCUACAGUUCAUUCAUGAAAGAAAAAUCUGCAGUACUUGAAGAAUUGAAACAAAAAGCUGACCUUACUACAAAAGCAUUAAACUCACUACCAGGUUUCUCAUGUAAUCCAAUAACUGGAGCCAUGUAUGCUUUCCCAAGAAUCGAUUUGCCCAAAAAGGCUAUUGAAACUGCUAAGUCGAAGGGUAUGGAACCAGAUUUCAUGUAUUGUUUGGGUUUUUUGGAAGAACAUGGAGUAUGCGUUGUCCCUGGAUCUGGUUUUGGUCAGACACCAGGAACUUGGCACUUUAGAAUUACAAUUCUUCCUAGAAUUGAAGAAAUGAAGGUGGUUAUGGAUCGUUUGAAAGAUUUUCACUUGAAUUUUAUGACAAAAUAUUCUUGA